CUCCUCCUCUUCCUCCUCCUCCUCCUCCUCCUCUCGGCGGAUAACGGUGUCCAGAAGUUCUUCAGACAAUAGCGGCAGGACUCCGUCCGCCCAGCGUCAUAAAUGUUGUCCUCGUUAGGUGUUAAAAGAGGAAACAGCCGGCUGUGAUCGCACCAUGGAGGAUUUAGGACUACCUCAGACACCUAACUACCCUCUCAGUCCCCGUGUUGUUGUGUUUGACGCCCUUCUUGCUGAUUUGGAGAACACCAGCUCUCCUCUACCUCGGUGUCCCGUCUUGUUGACCUCUGACCCUCCACAGAAUGCUGGGGCCACCUCCCAGGACCCGGCCCAGACUCGACCUCCUCCUCCAGCCUACACACCGCAGCAUACUGUUUCUGCAGCAAUGAAGUCCUCACAGAACUCCCACCCUGACAAAUUAUACAGCACAGUGUGUAAACCGCGCUCCCCCAACACGGCCGACCCCCCUCCCGCCUUCUCCUCCUCGCUGCUGGGUGGAGGUCUGAACGAACUGGACCACUUGUUACAGGAACUCAACGCCACCCAGUUCAACAUCACAGAUGAGAUCCUGGCUCAGUUUCCUUCCUCUAAGAAAGACGAGAAGAUGAAAGACAAGGCCUCAACGUCCACGUCCAGCUCUGCAAAACCCUCAGCAACAUCAGCUACACUGGAGCUGGACAAACUGAUGGCUUCUCUGUCCGACUUCAGAGUCCAGACUACACCAACUCCACCUGUCAACCCGGUGGUUACAGCACCACAGCAGCCCGCAAUCCCCCCACAGCCCCCUGCCCCAACCCAGACCUCCUCCGGAGGCUCGUUGGACAGCAUGCUGGGCCUCCUCCAAUCAGACCUCAGCCGACAAGGAGUUCAAACGUCCUCCAAAGGAAACUGCUCAGCUUGUCAAAAGCCGGUUGUAGGACAGGUGGUGACGGCUCUGGGGAAGGUGUGGCACCCGGAGCACUUUGUGUGCACCGAGUGCGAGACGGAGUUAGGAAGUCGCAACUUCUUUGAGAAGGACGGCCGGCAGUACUGCGAGCCGGACUACUUCAGCCUCUUCUCCCCACACUGCGCCCACUGCAGUAAACCCAUACUGAAUAAAAUGGUCACCGCUCUCGACAAGAACUGGCACCCAGAGUGUUUCUGCUGCGUCAACUGCAGCCGCACCUUUGGAGACGAAGGUUUCCAUGACCGGGAGGGCCAGCAGUACUGUCAGCAGUGCUUCCUGACUCUGUUUGCCUCCCGCUGUCAGGGCUGCAGCAAACCUAUUCUGGAAAACUAUAUCUCAGCUCUGAGCUCCCUCUGGCACCCACAGUGUUUCGUAUGCAGAGAAUGCUACAGUCCCUUCGUGAAUGGCAGCUUCUUCGAACACGAGGGCAAGCCGCUGUGUGAGGCGCACUACCACCAGUCCCGCGGCAGCAUGUGCCAGGCCUGCCAGCAGCCCAUUCUAGGCCGCUGCGUCACCGCCAUGGGGGCCAAGUUUCACCCCCACCACCUCGUGUGCCACUUCUGCCUGAAGCCGCUGAGCAAAGGCUGCUUCAAGGAGCAAGAGAGCAAACCGUACUGCCACCCCUGCUUCAUCAAACUGUUCGGUUGAACGCACCGCUCACAGAUUUGCCCCAAAAUUAUUAUUAUUUUUUUUCACAAUACUUUUUCUAAUUCAGUCCAAAGGGGAGGAUGGAGCAGGUCUCUGUUUGCUGCUUUAAAGAACCGAGGAAGAAAGGAAAGAAUAGUCCAAAGUGUUUAUUAGGAAAAAAAUGAUGCCAAAUAUUUUCCCUUGUAUGUAAAUAUUUUACAUAUGAAUUCAGAYUGAACACAGAGUUAUUUUGCCAAAGAAAGAAAAGAAACAGGAAAAUGUUUUGUUUCUAUUAAAAAAAUGUACCCCCCUCCCCAAGGAAGAAAAAAAACAUUUUAAUAUAUUUGCUUUUUUAUACUCCAAAUACACAUUUCACUGCUUUAAAUUUAUAUAAUGUUUGCUAAUGGCUGUAUAUGUUUAUACAGUAUUAAUUACCACAUGUUUAAAGCCUGAUAUUUGGUAUUAUUCUUUAUCUAUGGCUUUUUUCAAAAUGCUCAAAAAACACUUCUACAGAAUAAAGAUGAAAACUUUU